CGUAGGAAGUCAUUCUUCGUAACUUUAUUAUUACCAGAAAUAUAUUUAGGCAUUUUAUUUUUACCACAGUUGUUCUUCAUUUCAUUAUCAGGAGCAAAAAUGAAAGCAGUGAUAAUUUUUGCGAUUUUCUUCAUCGCCACUGACUUGUGCUGUUGCCAGGAUAUCAUCCGAGAUUAUAGCCUUCGAGAAGAAGAUUAUGAAGGAGGCUCCAAUUAUGGACAUAAUGGCAACCGUAGACCCUUGUCCAGUGGAUAUUACAAUAUUAACCGUCCUAUGUCCUACGGAAAUUACGAAUACAACAGACCUAUGUCAUAUGGAUACAGCAGACCUAUGUCAUAUGGAUACAGCAGACCUAUGUCGUACGGAUACAACAGACUUGUGUCAAAUUAUGGAUAUAGCAGACCUAUGUCCUAUGGAAAUUAUGGAUACAGCAGACCUAUGUCUUAUGGAUAUAGCAGGCCAGUUAAUUAUGGAGGAUAUUCCUCGCUGUCUCCAGAAAGAUAUCAGAUGAUGACCCGACCUUACAGAGGAUAUCGAGGAUCUUCCUAUGGAAGAUACCAGUAAAUUCUGGAUUUCAAUAGAUUUGGGUGCAACGAAAACGUUUUCUUGGUUGUGGAAGAAAUCAAUCGACUGUGACUUUCUUAGAGGCUCAUGAUACAAAUUUUACAUUAAUUAAUAAGCAAUGGCUCUGGGCAUCAAGUAAAUAAUCUGAAUUUGUAUUGAGGAUAUGUUUUAUAAUAACUCAAGAACAUAUUUUAAGUCUUUGCAUGGUUUCUUUUUUGAAGAAUGUAACAGAAAUUGUAAAUAAAUAUUUAUGUAAAGCUAAGAAGCAAAAAUAAAACUGAAAUUAUGAGAAAGA